AGUAAUCUUUUGUGGUUUUGGGUUUUGUUUUGUUCCCCACUGCAGACUGCACUGCACCGGCUUCAGCGCAGGAGCUUGCUCUAAUCAUUACAACAAGUGUUCUGCAUAGUCUAACCGUAUUAUUGAAGCAAAAUUUGCUACAAUAGUUCUACCGUCCACUAUGAGCUCCAGUAGUCAUGCUACUCCAACAACUAGAAGAACAUUUGAGUUUGGGAGGACACAUGUGAUCAGACCGAAAGGAAGGCACCAGGCUACAAUAGUGUGGCUGCAUGGGCUUGGCGACAAGGGUGCAAGCUGGGCUCAGCUAUUGGAAACUCUCCCUCUUCCAAACAUUAAGUGGAUUUGUCCAACUGCACCAACUCGGCCAGUAGCCAUUUUUGGUGGAUAUCCAUGCACGGCUUGGUUUGAUGCAGGAGAUCUGUCAGAGGAUGGUCCUGAUGAUUUGGAGGGGCUUGACGCUUCAGCAGCACAUGUUGCCAAUCUGUUGUCAACAGAGCCUGCUGAUAUCAAACUUGGAAUUGGUGGUUUUAGUAUGGGUGCGGCCACUGCACUAUAUUCUGCCACAUGCUGUGUAUUGGGACACUAUGGGAAUGGAAACAUGUAUCCUGUCAACCUAAGUGCAGUUGUUGGUCUAAGUGGCUGGCUUCCAUGUUCAAGGACCUUGAGGACCCGUAUUGAAGCAUCAGUUGAGGCUGUUAGGCAUGCGGCAUCCUUUCCUAUUCUGAUGUGUCAUGGCUUAGGUGAUGAUGUGGUUGCAUAUCAACAUGGAGAGAAAUCGGCCCAGGUUUUAAGUUCAGUUGGUUUCCGAAACCUUAUAUUCAGAACCUAUAAUGGGCUUGGUCAUUAUACAAUCCCAGAAGAGACAGAUGAAGUCUGUAGUUGGCUAACUACAAGGUUGGGGCUUCAGGGGUCACGAUCUUAAUAUCAGAAAAGAUUACAAGGCAAUGCUGAGUGCAGAAGCACUUUACUUGCUUCCUGUGUAGAAAGAGGUAAUCUAGAAUAUGGAUCUUUGGUGUGGGGUAUAAGGUAAUAGCUGCAAUUUCCACUUCUGAUUCUCUAUAAUGCCAGUUUCCUCCAUAAAAGUUUCCCGCUAAGGGUAGUACUCUUAUUUAGUGGUUGCUAGUAAUGGGUUGAAGAAAUUUCUGUUCUCUAGGUUGGAUCCAGGGCAAGUCUCAAUCUGGGAAAUUUUGUUUCUUGACCGAAUUAUGAAGCUCAAAAUGUACUUAGUGCACAAGAAAGGAAUGAGAUGAGCUCAUUUUUCAUUUUUGUACUACAUUGAAACUUUCCUCAGAUUAUGAGGUAUUUUCUUAUUUUCAAAAGAAUGCAAAUCAUGUGACAAGCCUCUUUCUGA